AUCAUACCACCGAAUAUCGCACGGUCCACACAAUCUGCAUCAACAUCUCCUCGCACGUUAGCCCUUUCCCACACUCACCUGCUAACUUGCACCAGAUUGGUUGAUCAAAACCUAGCUUCCUCUCCCUGUUGUUUGCCGCGUUGUGAAGACUAGUGUCGAGAUUUUCAAGUGGCUUCUGGCGGUUCUCCAGGUUUUUAUUCUUCCCCCUCCUAAUUUAUUUGAUAUAUUUUUCAAGCGACAAGUUUGGAACUUUUACCCUAAAACAUUGGAGUUUUAUGUAGAUUCGAUUGAAGAAAACAAGGAUACCCAUGUUGGGAAACGUGUUAGAACAAUUUUAUUUAGUGGUUUAUAGAAUUGGGCUAUUGUCAAUUUUCAUGCCUUUGAAACAUUAAUAAGCAAUGUAUGUUAAGGGUUAAUGAUUUGAUUGGUUUAUGUUGUUCUUUGUUGUUUAGAAUCUUUGUUGUAAAUGGGAAAUGUGGAAAUACCAAAAUGGCUUAAACGGUUGCCGUUGGCACCUGAAUUUCGGCCUACAGAUACCGAGUUUGCUGACCCCAUUGCAUAUAUAUCAAAGAUUGAGAAAGAAGCUGGUUCUUAUGGUAUAUGUAAGAUUAUUCCACCAUUUCCAAAACCAUCGAAAAAGUAUGUUUUUAACAAUUUGAAUAAGUCACUGUCCAAGUGUCCGGAAUUAGGAAGUGACGUGAAUGUUGGUUCUGUUUCGAGUUUUGGGGACAAUGAUGGUGAUGAGGGGGAAAGGAGGGCGGUGUUUACAACUCGACAUCAGGAGCUGGGACAGAGUGGGAGGAGAAUGAAAGGGGUGGCUAAUAGUCCACACUGUGGUGUGCAGAAGCAGGUGUGGCAAAGUGGGGAGAUUUAUACAUUAGAGCAGUUUGAAUCCAAGUCUAAGACAUUGGCCAAGAGUUUAUUGGGUGUGCUUAAGGAGGGAUCACCAUUGCACAUCGAGGCAUUAUUUUGGAAGGUGGCUUCAGAGAAGUCUGUAUAUGUGGAAUAUGCUAAUGAUGUCCCCGGAUCAGGUUUUGGGGAACCAGACGGUCAAUUUCGGUAUGUCCAUAGGAGGAAGAGGAAGAGGAUGUCAUACAGGAGGGAAAACCCUGAAUGCAAGAAAGAUGAGAACGAUACUGUAAAUAACUCACACAGGGAUGAGAAUAAAGAUACUCCCGCUAAAAGUAACCCAGAUUCAUUUGUAGAAACACCCAAGUCAUCAACGACAUUGUCAAUCAUGGUAUCAGAUGGAAAUUCUCUUUCUAAAAGAAAGAAUGUAAAUACUGGCAAUGAUAUGGAAGGUACCUCUGGUUGGAAGCUUUCAAAUAGUCCUUGGAAUCUUCAAGUGAUUGCUCGCUCAGCUGGCUCACUUACACGUUUUAUGCCUGAUGAUAUUCCUGGUGUUACUUCUCCCAUGGUUUAUAUUGGCAUGCUGUUUAGCUGGUUUGCAUGGCACGUUGAAGAUCAUGAGCUUCAUAGCAUGAAUUUUCUUCAUACUGGCUCUUCAAAGACUUGGUAUGCUGUUCCUGGAGAUCAUGCAUUUGCUUUUGAGGAAGUUAUCCGCACUGAGGGUUAUGGUGGUAACAUUGACCGCUUAGCUGCUCUGUCAUUAUUGGGUGAGAAGACAACUCUUGUAUCACCUGAGUUGAUUGUCGCAUCUGGCAUUCCUUGUUGUAGGUUAAUACAGAAUCCUGGUGAAUUUGUUGUAACUUUUCCGAGAGCCUACCAUGUAGGACUCAGCCAUGGUUUUAAUUGCGGGGAAGCUGCAAACUUUGGAACUCCGCAGUGGCUUCAAGUUGCUAAGGAAGCUGCUGUGCGUAGAGCGGCUAUGAACUAUCUUCCAAUGCUUUCUCAUCAGCAGUUGUUAUACCUUUUGACCAUGUCCUUUUUGUCAAGGAUACCAAGAUCCUUGCUACCUGGUGCUCGCAGUUCUCGUCUGAGAGAUCGCUUGAAGGAAGAACGAGAGGUGUUAAUAAAGAAGGCUUUUAUAGAAGAUUUGUUAACCGAAAAUAAAUUGUUAUCUCUUCUUCUAAAAACAGAAUCGACUUAUCGUGCAAUAAUGUGGGACCCUUUGUUACUUCCUUGUGUGAGAAAAGAUUCCGAAUUGCCCAGCGGAAUUGCUACAGAUUCUACAAUGCUGCAGGAAAAUGUUUCUGACAUUCACAGUGAAGAUAAAUCUAGUCAAAGACUCUUAGAUGAAAUGAGCUUCUACAUGGAAAAUCUGAACUAUUUAUAUUCUAAUGAUGACGAUUUGACAUGUGAUUUACAAGUUGAUUCAGGGACAUUGGCUUGUGUGGCUUGUGGAAUUCUAGGCUAUCCAUUUAUGUCCGUGGUACAACCACGUGAGGGAGCAACUAUGGAACUUCUACCUGCGAAUCAUCUUUCAUGUCAAGGUCCAACAGUCUUGAAACCUAACAAUAUCCAUUCUUGUCCUGUUGAGGGAUCAAUUUCGGACAAUCUCAGUCAUGUGGAUCUAUCACUUCCUUCCAAGAAUUCACCAUUUCCAUCAAUAACUAAGGUUUCCCAAGGAUGGAAUACCUGUAACAAAUAUCUGAGACCUCGGAUUUUCUGCCUGGAGCAUGCUCUCCAAGUCGAUGAGCUUUUGCGGUCCAAAGGUGGAGCGAAAAUGCUGGUAAUUUGUCAUUCAGAUUAUCAGAAAAUAAAGGCACAAGCAAUACCUGUUGCAGACGCGAUUGGUACCCCGUUCAAUUUUAAUGAUGUUCCACUAGAAGCCGCAUCCAAGGAGGAUCUGAAUUUGAUCAAUUUUGCGAUUGAUGAUGAACAUGAUGAAAUUCUGGAAGACUGGACCACCGAACUUGGUGUUAACUUGCGGUACUGUGUCAAAGUCCGAAAGAACUCUCCAUUUAAGCAAGUCCAGCAUGCACUGCCAUUGAGUGGUCUUUUCAGUGAUAAAUACAGCAGUUCGGAGUUAAUAAAUGUCAAAUGGCAGUCGAGAAAAUCCCGUUCCAAAGGCAAGUUAAACCAUCCAUCACCGUCUAAACCACAUGAAAGUGUUGAAAUGAAAGUAGAUGAAAUAUUGGUGGAAAAGCUUGAUAGCAACAUUUCUAAAUAUGGGCUGAAAAUUAUUCAGUAUUCAAGAAGGAAGAAAAGCAAACCGGAUUUUUCAACUGGAGCUGGUGGGGUCAGUGAGCCGUUGAAGAAUGACUUGCCAAAAGAAGAUAUGGGAAAUAAAUCCAAGAUAAAUACCAGAAAUGAGUCAAUUCGGACUCAACUUGAGAUCCUGACUACCUCAGUGGUACAAAAUGACCAGAAUGAAAUUUUGGAGGAAUUGGAUCCGGAUGAUGAAACUCGGAGUUUGACAGCCUGUGCUAGUUCUCAAAAGAAAUGCGAGAUCAAGCUCACAGAGAGUAACACUGCGAGUGAUGAGAUUUCUCCUGCCGGCGAGUGUUCUAAAUGCUGCAUUUCUGUGGAUCAUGAAAGAUAUGUGGAGAACACUGCCACUGCUACCAAGGUUUGCAAUUCACUUUCUGAAGGACGGGUUGAGAAACCGGCUUCCGGUUAUGAUUUGGUGAAUCUUGGUAAUUCAGCAAGUUCAAGAUCUGCUCGGCCAUGUGCUGGAACAUUUGAUAAAGGAUUAGAGGAUACAACUAUUCUAAAGUUGUCCAUAAACUCAUAUAUGACAUCUGAGAACGAAGUGCAGCAAGAAACUGAAGCUACCAGCAAAAAUAACUACAAGGCGAUGUUAAGAUCGGAAGAUCGGAAGGAGCCCUGUGCUGCAGCAGAUUCUUUUGAUGGUACUUCUUCCGAGAAUAAAGCACAGAAGCAGGAAAUCCAGAUUAAUGCAAGGAAGGAAGGGGGCAUUGAUCACUCUUCUAACCUCUCUGUUGAAAAACAUUCCCUAAUUUCAAAGAAUCCUUGUGCCAAAGAAGAUUGGCAUACUGGUGUGACCUUAGAUGAUGAAGUAUUGCAAGAAACUCAAGCUACAAAAAGAAUCGCUAGGGAUGAAGUUAUAAGUGGUUCUGAUUUGCCAAUCCAAGAAAAGCAGCCUACUCACGUGGUGAUAGAAGAUUGCUGUGAGGUUCACCAAGACAGCAGUUCUCAGGACGUGCCGUGUGCUGCUGCAACAGCAGAUGAGGGAACUGUUUCUAUGAAUCAGAAAGCUAUCGCUACAGAGACUGGUACUACCAUGAAUGUAAAUGAUGGCGACGGAGAUUGUUCGUCGGCAGAGAAUGGAGAUCAUGAGUCUGUCAUGGCAGAUUGUAAAUCAAGUGUUAUGUAUGGAAGAAAGAGGAAGACGGAACUGGAGGAAACACAUGAAAAGGUUGACAGCAAUGGCUUUAUUAGAAGUCCAUGUGAAGGGUUAAGGCCGAGGGAUCGGAAAGAUGCAACCAACGGUCUUAAUGCAUGUAAAGCAUCUUCUGAGAGGCUGCCAACAAAAGAGAUGAGAAAACCUUCAGUUCAUACCCAGAGUAAGAAGAAAAUAAAAAAUGGGUCUCAUGGAUGUGACCUGGAAGGCUGCCAUAUGAGUUUCGAGACAGAGGAUGAGUUGAGGUUGCACAAACGGAAUCGGUGCCCGUAUGAUGGCUGUGGUAAGAAAUUCCGUUCCCACAAAUAUGCAAUCCUUCAUCAACGAGUCCAUGAUGAUGAUAGGCCCCUCAAGUGCCCAUGGAAAGGUUGUUCCAUGUCAUUCAAGUGGGCAUGGGCUAGGACCGAGCAUAUACGGGUGCAUACUGGAGAACGCCCGUAUCAAUGCAAGGUUGAAGGUUGUGGCCUUUCUUUCAGGUUUGUGUCUGACUAUAGCCGACAUAGACGGAAAACUGGUCAUUACAUAAACUCUUCGGCCUGAAAGUUGGUCAUUAUAGUUAGGUUUCAUCUGUAAUGCACCUGGGUAUGGGUUCCGGGGCCGUAACAGGUCUAACGGAAACAUGUACAAACUGGAAGAUUCUGAUUAGGCAUAGUUUAGGACUAAACUGAUAUUUUUCUAGAUUGGCAUUCUCCAAUCAUUUGAAUGCUAUUAGGAGUGGAAGAUACUUCUCAGCUUAUUU